AUGCCUGCUAUAUCCAAGACCGGUCCUUCGUUGUUUCUCGGGAUCGAGCUCGGGGUUGACCAGCUUCGCGCAUCCAUCGUGGACGACACCCUCGAGCUCGUGGGUGUGGAAAGCGUCGAUUUUGAUUCCGAGCUGCCAGAAUACCAGACCCAGGGUGGGAUAUUCACGACGCCUGGAGAGGCAUACACGACGCCCGUAGAGAUGUGGCUUAAAGGCCUCGAUACUCUCUUUGAAAAGCUUCACCGCAAUUACGACUUGACGAAAAUAAAAGCCAUUGGAGGCGCCGCCCAGCAUGCUCUUGUCUGGUGGAAGUCCACCGCUGUGCCGUCCUUUGCAUCGCUAGACCCUCACACUACGUUACACGCUCAAUUCCCUGCGCAACUGUUUUCUCUCCCAAACACACCGAUUGCUCAAGACACGUCGUCGCAGACGCAUGGUCUAGCUAUUGAGGCGCUUCUGGGCGGUCCAGAUCAUAUGGCCGCGCGUGUCGGAAUCGCAUCUAACGCCUCAAUGGUUGCAGCUCAGCUACUGCGGAUCCGCGAAACCUGGCCAAAGGAGGUCUGGGAACGAACCGGGCGGAUACAGCUCGCGAGCGCGUUUCUUGCCAGUAUAAUUACUGGUAAAUGGGCCAACAUGGGCGAGGCUGAAGCAUGUGCGACGGGAGCUUGGGUACAUGGUGCUAAUCACAAUGUGCACAACUCCCCGCACCCAGCGGGCCAAGGGUAUUGGGAUGAGGGUGUUUUGGAGAUUGUGGGAGGAAGCCAACAGGAGGGGAGACGAGUGAGAGGGUGGCUUGGUGAUGUUGACGUUUCUGGUGGAUCCAGGAAGGUCGGGAAUGUGUCAAGAUAUCUGGUUGAACGUUACGGUUUCGAUCCAGAAACUGUUGUUGCGCCAUUUACAUCCGAUUUUUUGGCGUCAUACCUCUCAUUGCUCCCAUCUACCGGAGAUGCUGUUCUUUCUUUUGGGCCUAUGGAUACAUUACUCACCCCAGCACAACACUAUAUUCCUACUCGUCUUUAUAAUCUAUUCCCACACCCUGCUCAAGAUGCCAACGAGAAACGAAAAUACAUUGCCGUCUUAAGCAGUAGAAAUGCUGAUGUGCCUCGAGCUCUUGUACGUGACAUGUACACGAAGAGCUGGAGUGCUUUUGAUCGUCUGGUGGCCAUCGUUCCUCCAGGUGGAUCUAUUGGACUGGACGACAAGCUCUUUAGCUUCUGGCACCUCCAACCAGAUGCUUACCCUUACGCCCGCGUCAAAGGUAUCUACCGCUUUGAGACUGGAAUCAAAGUCAACGAGUUCCGGGACCUUCGCGCGAACCCGCGCUGCCUCUUGGAGAGCCAGAUUCUUUCCUUCCGUGUGAAAUGGUCACGGAUGAUCGCCACCGGCGUCCUGGGCUCAUCGCGCAAGGCAAGUGUGAGCCCGACACCGCCGCUCUCAGGGCGUAACAGCAGCUCGGGACUGUCGAGUCUUGGCCUAACAUUCGAUCCCUACGACCACACGCCGCUGCCUACACGCGUCAUCGCUACGGGCGCGGCGACCAACUUCCCUAGUAUGGCCAAUCUCGUCGGGGACAUCUUCAACGCGCCGGUGUUCGUGCCGCUCACACAGAUUGACUCGGCGCAGGUCGUGCCGCACCGCAACGCGCCUGUGCAGGGCUACCCAAGCCGUGGUGCGCUUGGUGGUGCGUAUGUUGCUCGCUGGGUAUGGAGUAAGGAGUGGGGGACCAGUGGGCUUGGGGUGUUUGAGGAUGAGAUGAGGCGGUUGUUGGGUAAGCGCUGGGUUGCGACCGGCGGUGCACUCCUCCGUACGAAUGUGAACGGCGCGACGAGUGUGAUUGCGCCGUUGGCCGGUACUGGUGGGACCGGGAGCGGCGCGAACAGUGGGACGAGCACACCGUAUGGACACCCUGGCCCGCGCUCGGCGCUGGGCAGCACGGUGUUGGAAGAGGAGGAGGACGAUGAUGAGGAGCAGGAGAGGGCGAUGAUGGGGCUUAGAAACCCGGGUGUGAUUGGCGCUGGGAUGUAUGGCGAGAACGGGCAGCAGCCGCGGAUCCGCACCCAGACGGCUGAUACCUUUUCGAGCGGUGCGAGCUCGGUGUUGGGUGCAGCGUCGGCGUCGUCGGCGUUCACGACACCUGAUCUUGGGUUGGGAAAUUUGGGUGUGAUGGGUGGACCGCCUGGACUCGGCGGUGCGGCGGUGGCGGGCUCAAAUGGAAACACGGGCGCGGUGACACCGACGACCCCGACGCCCCUCACGCCUGUAGUGGCGAUGCCGACGGCGGAGGCAGAGAUGCAGAUUGGACUGGCGAAGGUGGCAGAGUCGGACAUUGACUCGUUCAUGACCUACGCCGCUAUCGUCCCCGAAUUUUCACGGUUGGAGACGAUGGUGGUCAAAGGAAUCGUCUGA